AUGGCCGAUUCCAGUGUGACGACUGCCGCCGCCGCCGGGUCGGAAAAUAAACAUGAGGCCGAGCCGCCGGUCGACAACAAUACUAUCAAGCCAGAUUCGAAAUCACCCGUCGCCGUAUCGGAAAGCGCCUCGGCUUGCAAAAAACAUCCGUCCAAGGAAAAAGACCCUAAUGGCCGCAAUCGCGAUUCGAAAAAGAAGAGCCAUAAGUCCAAGACAUCGUCCGUAGUCACACCUAGUGAUGAUAGUUCCGAGGAGUCGGAUUCUUCUGCCGAUAGCUCCAGCGCUGAGGAAUCUGCAUCCGAAAACGAAGAAUCUCCUUCCAGUCCAUCUGAAUCCGAGCCAGAAAGGACGCAUCGGCGGAGAGGGACAAAGAACAAGACAAAGAAAUCGCUGAGAAGCAGUCGGAAGAAGAAGUCCCGGUCGCAAUAUGAAUCCGAGUCUGAGUCCGACCCAGAUGAAAGUGAAGACGACGAUACCGCCCUCGAUGAGAAGGCUGUUAAGCGGCUUGUAUCCAAGCUCAGGGCGCGAAAAAAGGCUAAGAAACUCCGGUCCCAGGAGGACUCAUCGGAGGACCUGGAGGACUCAGACGACGAAGCUGACCCGGACGACACGGCACUCUUGCUUGCGGAAGAGCGAUUAGCCUCAUUGAGACUGAAACGAGGCGAUGGUAGGCGUCGUAACAGAACCCGUGGUAAACGGAACUCAUCCGACGGCGAAAGAAAGUCCAAGGGCAGGAAGAAAGCUGCUUCAAAGAUAGCUUUCAAGCGGGUAGAUGAAUUGUGGGAUAAUACUAUCCAUAACUUCAAGCUUACAGAGACUGUGGAUGACCCAGAUGCCAAUGAAUGGGACCAGUAUCUCUUCACCGUACGCCGCAAAUUUGACUGGGAUAACAAGUACACGGAAACCGUGGUAGAUUUGAAAAGCAAGUACAUUCGCGAUGCACUCACCAAGGUGAUGGACGGCGUUAAGGGGGUCAGCUUAGUGCAGGAGACGGCCGUCGUUGACCCCAAUAUGCUUUUCUUAUACUUUGAAGAAACCCGCCAAUACAUGAAAGACCUAAAGCAACAGGCGAAAACGGAGAAAAAGAAAAAAGCUAAAAAGGUAGCUGCAGCCAAGGCGGCCCAUCUCAAGGUUCUCGUCAAGUACCUGGAUACGGACUACGCUGAGACUAAGAAGACCCUGUAUCCGCUGCUGGAAGCCAACACAAUAACCUUCGAUCUACUUUGGGCGUUGUUCAAGCCGAACACCAUUGCAUACACCCCAACGUACGGGAACCAGGACGAGCCACGGGCAUUUAAGCUCGAGUAUGCCACCAAGGAGUCCUCGUUCAUGAAAGGUCAGUGGUACAGUAUUGAAGGCCGCUACCUUGAAUAUGACGGGAAAUCCUUUGGCAUGGGAACAAUGCUGGCUGAAGUGGAAAGCUUCAAGGGUGCUCGCAAGAUAACCAGCCUCAGCUGUUACCCGCUGAAGUACCAUCGAGAGGCUGAAGACGUUAAAAGCAAGCUAAUUGAGAGAGGCAAGAAGUUUGUAUCAAUGAGAGGUAUGAACUACCGGUUCCACAAAGGCAUGGCUUUCUACAAGAAGAAGCGGUCUGUCAUCAAAGUCAACAUCAACGGAAGAGUUAUGAUCGAUCCUGCCAUUCACCGCCGGAUCAACCCUAACUAUCCCAUCAGCACUGUCCGCCCGAAAGAUGCAGAUUAUAUCGAUGACUCCGACGCUGCCGGUAGUGAUGGCGGAUGCUGCUGCGUGACAGAAUCUGACUCAGAUGACCCAUAUGUCCACCGUCGGGACUCAGAUGCCCCUAGAGUUCGGUACAAGGUCAUCCAGGAUAAGGAGGGCACACCGCACGUGGUUGAAGUUGAGCUAGAUGAGAAUGGCAAUGAAAUCCACAAAGAGCAAAUGGACGAAGUAGAGGACCCAUCCGAGAGAGACUUCACCGAAGAAGAACUGCUAAUAGCCAGUCCGGUGGUUCUGGGAUUUGCCUUCAGCGAGAAAUUGUGGCUAGAAUUCAGCAUCUCGGGCAUCAGCGACAUCGACUGGAAUGAAGACGCAUUCGAUUCCCUGGUCCUUCCAGGCAAUCAGAAAUCAAUUGUCAAGGCCCUUGUGGAAUCCCACACUUUCUGCGCCGCACAGAACAUCGACGACGUUAUUCAAGGCAAGGGCAAAGGUCUAGUCGCUGUGCUCCACGGACCGCCAGGCACAGGUAAAACCCUGACAGCCGAAGGCAUCGCCGAGCUGCUCAAACGUCCGUUGUACAUGGUCAGCGCGGGAGAGCUCGGAACGGACUCCCGGACCCUGGAAGCUGAGCUCAACAAGAUCUUAGAUAUCGCCCAUUCCUGGGGCGCCGUGCUCCUGCUGGACGAAGCAGAUAUAUUCCUCGAGAAGCGCACGAUCCAGGAUAUCCACCGCAAUGCUCUCGUUAGCAUCUUCCUCCGUCUCCUAGAGUACUUCCAAGGUAUUCUUUUCCUGACAACUAACCGUGUGGAAACCUUCGACGAUGCCUUCCAAUCCCGUAUCCACGUCGCCCUGCGAUACGGCGACCUCACCACCAAGGCGAAGCGAAGCGUAUGGAAAAUGUUCCUCGAGAAAGUCCAAGCUAUGGACGGCGUGCAAACAGCAACCUUUACCGAGAAAGACUUUGACGCUCUGGCUCGCCAUAACCUCAACGGACGACAGAUCAAAAACUCAGUUCGCACCGCGCAAGCCCUAGCCGUCAACGAGAGAACCCCUCUCUCCAUGGAACACAUCAAGAGGGUCUUAGAGGUAGCAGAAACAUUCGACCACGAUCUCCGCGGUGGAACAGGAUACAUCGAUGCGAUGAGAAGCUACACAUAA